AUGCUUGCUGACGAAAUCGCUCAAGCUCAAGCCCGUGCUGCUAUACAAGCAGAAGCAAGAAACUCACGCCACGAAGCUCGUUCUCAGUCACAACCGACAUCACAUUAUACUUCAUCUUCUGCUCAAUCACAUAAUUCGAGGUCUAUUACUACUAUGGAAGAUCAUCAAUACAGUAAAAUUAUUGAUAGUAUUCCAAUCUUUUCUGGACAUCCACAUGAAAAUAUAAACGACUGGUUGGAUAUUGUAUCCUUAAAAUUUGAUAUUAUUGGUUAUGACCCGCGACAAAAACGUCGAUUCAUCCCACAAUAUCUAGUUGGCAAUGCUUUGAAAUGGCAUCUCGCACAUCGUGAUGAGCUGUCAUCUUGGGACGACUACCUUGUCUCAAUAAAAUCUGCAUUUCCACGGCUCAUCACUACAUCUCGAGAUAUGAAUUUAAAACUACUUAGAGAUCGAAAACAAGGUGAUACUGAAUCUUUUAUUGAUUAUUAUACUGUCGUCAUUGAUCUUUGUCAUAAACAUGUUGCUGAUAUGGAUGAUAAUCAAAUAAUUGAUUGGCUGAAGGCCGGUAUGAAAAUUACAUUAUACGAAAAAUUGCAAGGUGAAGAAUUUGAUACACCUCAGGCUUUGCUUCUUCGAGCUCAGCGUAUUGAGCUGAAUAAUGCUGUUCUUGAUGCUCGAAAAGAUGAAUAUAUCAUUAAUCCAACUGUUCUUUCAACUUCAUCCUCAGUUCGUUCGGAUCACAAUACACGUUGGGAUCAACCAUCAAAUUCUCCAAUAUCGUCAACACAAUAUCCUACAUCAUCUUAUCCACCUCUUUUAUUACCAACUGGUUCUGAACUUCGUGUUCCACCUUUGUCUAAUCCCAAUGGGCCUCGUUAUUCGUUUUCUUCUCAAUCUACUUCAUAUCCCUCACGCGGUCCACCUACCAAUAAUCGUUCAGCCCGUCACCAUCGUCCGAUCAUCUGUUACUCUUGCAACCAACCUGGUCAUAUUUCACCUCAUUGUCCGUAUCGCCCAAAAGAAUAA